AUGCGUCACUUGGAUACGAGCUCAGUUGGAGUUGACGAUCCUGCAGCAGUGAUAGUACUAGUAGCGACCAAGUUGUGUGACGUGAUUGCCGCUUCGGGUAGCUGUUCGGUGUGGGCGGAAUUGUGGCUGACGGAAUCCCUCUUGCCCGCCGCCAUCGCAGACCCGGGGAGCUCCCAAUUGGCACAUAUUCGAUCUUACAAGAUGGAGUCAACGAAUGACUUAACCGACUCAGUAGCAGAGUUUUUCUCAUACCCUUUUUCUACGGAUGUGACAUAUCAGCAAGGUCUAGCAAACAUUAUGAACAGCUUGGAAGGCAAAUCGGACGAUGAAAAGGCUGAUAUAUUACGCCGGUCCAAAGUCUAUUACUUCAACCACAUCACAGGCUACUCGAUUACGGUCGAUGAUGUCUCUCAGAAAGAUCGGUCGAUGACGGAUGGUAACAAUGUUGCUUUGCAAGGUGGAAGCGAGUCAAUAAGAGCCCCGGCCUCUAAUGACAUCGACAUGGACAACGAGCCGCGCAUCUUAACCUUCGCGGAGCUGAAGGCGUUGAUUGAACAAGGCAAGACUGAUCAGAUUCCUAAUAAUCGCAUAAUUCCUAGUGAACUCAACGAGCGCAGCAGCAGUUCGGGAUUCAGCGCGGCGGUGAGCCCAGUCGUGUCGGUCGUGGACCCUUGGUUCACCAUGCCAUUGCUGUCCAGAUUCGAAAAGGAAUAUGGGCGUCCUGGAGCAACGCUAGUAAUGCGCUCGCUAAAGACGAGCCCUGUUCGGUCGGUGCGUAGCUGUGAUGUUUCCGCAACGUCUUUGGCACGUAACGGCGACGUCUCAACAGAGCUUCUUCAUCGUAUUUUCUAUCUUGAAGGAUUCUCGCUGUUCGUCUUUGCGUCCUUCAUCUUCAUCUCUCUCGCAGGUGCCGUUUCCGCAGCAACACUCGUCGUUUGUUUCUUCGGCACCGCCUUCGUCGCCAUACUCGCAGUCCUCCUCGGCCUCUCCAUCGUUCUGGCCGUGUCGGGCGUAGGGAUCUAUCUUGCUGCCAGGCUGGCCUUGCUAGUUCGGGAAGAAGGACCACGUACGGGCCUUGCAGAUUGGGCACAGGAAAGCAAGAAUCAAUUAUUUCGCUUCAAAGUAGAGGCAGAGCCUAAUCCUAAGCUCGAGCCUGAGCCUGAACAUGAGGAUGAGCUUGAACUCGAAUCGAAGUCGCCCAGCGACCACCACGACGAUGAUUCGAGGAGUGCCGUCUCCCAGGAAACCCUGACCAUCGAGCGGGACCCCCUGACUGAAUUCAUGGAGAUUUCGAAGGACCGCGAUCAGGAUGCCUCCUCGCCAGUGAUCGCAGUAAAAUAUGAAGAGGCGUAUUGA